GUGGACAUUCUAGAGUUGUUGACCCAGCAGGGGGAGGAUCACUGGCUGCCAUGGCAGCAGAAACGACCCUUGUUGCAUAUUGCCUGCGAACGUGGAGCCUGGAACUGUGUCAAGUAUUUGGUUCUGGAGAGAUCGGACGAGAUCAACCAGUGCUACGACGAGUACUACCCUAUCCACCAGGCUGCUCUGCACGACCUCAAGUUCCUCGACCUGCUGAUUCAGUGUGGCGCCGAAACCACCGUGCGCACGUACACACAGCAGAUGACCGUCCUCCACGUCAUCUUUCUCCUGGGGAAGAAGAGCGCCGAGGACACGCUAGAGACGGUCAAGUUGCUGCUCCAGCACGGCCUCAAGGAGCACAUCAACACGGCCGACUCCCUCGGCAACACUCCUCUCCACGCCCUCAUAGUUAGAUAUGCAUUGGAGGAAGCACGCUAUGGUUAUGACCUUGAUCCUCCACCUUGGAACAAGUGGGACAUGCUUCACAUAGUUCGCUAUUUGCUGCAAAAUGGAGCAUCGCCGAGUAUAAACCAGCAGGGUAACUCUGCCCUGGCAUGCGUCUUGCGCCAUGUGCGUGACUGGGAGUUCCGCUACGAGCUGCUGGACAUGCUGCUGAACUACGGUGGCAACCCCAACCUGGUGGGUCGGGACGGGUCGGUGUCGUUGAUGGUGUGUCUGGUGCCACUCAUCAACAAGGACCCCCUACACCACUUCACCCACACCAUGAAGGUGUUUUACUUAAACUGUGUGAGGAUACUGUGCAAGCAUGGUGCUAACCCCAACUGUUCAUCACGAUCCAACCUGACGCCUCUCCAUGUGCUCAUGUUCACCGCCAGUGAGAACAUCUCCCUCUCCCGGGAGGAGGAGAAAGCGGGAGCAUUCACAUUCAUCCGGCAGCUGCUGGUCAUUCUCCUUCAGCAUGGCCUUGACCCUAAUGUCAGAUUCAGUCAGCGGACACAACACAUUCUACUCUCACUGAUGGAUAUGGUGCAGAACGCUCGGACCUCCACCGACCUCGACCAUGUAUAUGACCUGACCACAACCCUCCUCCAGUAUGGUGCCAACCCCAACAUCAACAUCUCCACCACCGAACCCAUGAUCUGCCACUCACAGUCCUCCGUCUUCCUUAAGAAGUCGUCCAAUCAGGUUCUGUACUACUAUGUUCAGCUGCUGAUUAGGAAGGAAGAACUUCUUAUAGACCCUGACCAGAGGUUUGCACGCCUGCUGCACCUCUACUACCUGGCCAUGGAUCACCGGGAGCUACACCAGUGUCUUAAGAUACUCUACACCCAAACCUCUCUUGUGCCUAUGAAGCGACCUCUCACCCAGGUCCUGAGGGAACUCUACACCAAACCACGAACCCUGAAACAGGUUUGCCGAGUCAUAAUAUACGACGCCCUGGGUCGAAGAACUGCGCAGAACGUCAACAAGUUACCACUUCCGGGAAUGUUAAAAGACUAUAUUUUAAAUUUCGAUCCUUAGAGCCCUUUUCUUGUGCUCGACAGUAAGGCAAAUGUUUUCCCUACUAUUCUAACAGUGAAAACCAGAAAAGAGUUGUCCCUUCUUGUGUGGAAGGUUGAAAAGCUAAAAUCGCAGGCUGCUCGUCCCGGCCAGCAGUGUGUGUCGUUAUGGUUCAUUAGUGUCUUUAAACUUCAUAGUUGGUUACGAUAGCUAAAGCGUGUUACAAAGACUUGUUAGGCCGAGCAACACUGAAGCUGAAAUACGCCGUACAUACGUGCAUUAGAAUAAUAAAGCAGGUUGGUGCAUUCUAAGCAUAUGUGCGAUGUGAAAUGGCAUUCUGAAAAUAUUGAACUUGCUUGUCAGCUAUGUAAGGGCAACUAUAGUUGUAAGUGGAGGAACAUUUUUUAAUGGCGAAGAUGAGCAAAUUGUCCAGAUAAAUAAUGCAGAGCUUGAUAAAUAUUGAGCUUUCCUUCCUAGCUAGGCUGUGUACAUAUGGUGUAUAUAUGGAUAUAUAGUAUAUAUAUAAAUAUAUAUAUAUAUAUAUUUUAAAUUCCUUGGCGAUGGUGCUUGUGUUUUUUGUGGCAUUGCCUUGCUGGUAGCCAAGCACAUCUGCAGUAGAGAUGGUGGCUGUCUAGCGGGGCAAAGGAGCCAGUGUAAAUUGAGGGAGCAAAGCUGCAACUCAAAUGGGAUCAGAAAUGAGAGUAGAAUUGUUUAGCUUCCAAAUAGUGCUUGUGUGGGAUGUGGAGACUUGACCCUCCAUGAGGGAUCUAACCCUCUGAUCUCCGAGACGAGACGAGGGUAUACGAACUUGGCCGUAGCGAGGCUCCCCAGUAGUGCUUCUCGUUCCUCUCCACACUGAGAGAAGACUUGGGUGGGAAAGUUAGCCAACAGCUGGCUUUUUAAGGGGCUAAAAGAAGGUAUUUGAUAUGCUUGUGCAGCCAACCAGACCUCCCUAGUGCGACACAAAAUACUCGCUUGUGAAUUCUGAUGAUUCCGUGUUUGUGUUUUUCCUUUCCCCCUUGAAAUUUAAUUGGCAAUUAGACAAAUGUUAAUGAAAUUCAACCCAAGAGAUAAACAUUACAUAGAAAAUCGUGCAUAAUAACAUCCCAGACUCCUGAGGUAUGGGUACUUCAAGACUUAAUCUGCAUUUAGAGAAUUGUAUAUUUCAGAGCAAGUAUAUAUAAUAAAUUUUUGUAAAUAGUACAAAAUUAUGUUUCACCGAUCUGGUAUAUGUGUAAAUUAUAUUCAAAUUGUUAUUAAACAUCUAAGUUUU